GAGGACCCCUCACGACGAAAAGCUCUCCAGUUGCUUUUGGACUUUCCGCCGUUCAUCAAGUUUUAUUAGAUUUUGGGCACCUAUACCUGUUCCAUUGAAAUAAAAAAAAAAUUUAAAUAAUUUUAUUUUGUGCCCAUUUGUGCGAAAACUUAACAUUCCAAAAAUCACUUACCUUGGGGUUUUGCAAGAGUUUUUUUUUUGAAAAUAAUUUACUUUGAAUGAAAUGCCAAAUGGCUCAAACCUGCUGAUGUGACGCAAGAAUAAACAAAAAGUUUUAAAAAAGUGAUUAAUAGUUUAUUGAAAAAAAAAACUCUGAGUGAGGAGAUCUCUGGGGAUUCCAGAGAGUGUGGCGACAUGACCCAGACUUACGAUGUUUCCCGCCAAAAGCAGCAGAAAACUCCAAACGGAGUGGACGACAGUGAUUCCAAAAUACUGGAGGAUGAUCUUACAUGGAAGUUCUGGCAAAAGAGACGCUACAUUGUUGUUAUGAUGGCGUUCUUUGGCUUCUUCAACGUCUACGCUCUACGGGUCAACCUCAGUGUUGCCAUUGUGGCCAUGACUGAGAAGGUCAAUGUGACCCUUGAGAAUGGAACUGAAAUUGUUCAACAACACUUUGACUGGGACACAACGCAGCAGGGCCUCGUUCUCAGCUCCUUCUUCUACGGUUACAUCUGGACACAGUUCCUCGGUGGAGUUCUAGCUUCCAAAAUUGGCGGCCAUUAUGUUUUCGGUGCUGGGAUCGGCAUGACGGCUAUACUGACGCUCCUAACUCCCGUAGCAGCCUACCAUAGCGUCUACAUGCUCCUAGCUGUGAGGAUUGUUGAAGGUGUCUUUGAGGGUGUUACCUUCCCCUGUAUUCACGCAAUCUGGGCUAGAUGGGCUCCAGUUUAUGAGAGAUCCCGAAUGGCUACAAUUGCCUAUGCUGGCAACUACGCGGGAACAGUCAUUGCUAUGCCCCUUUCGGGAGUCCUAGCAGUUCGGUUCGGUUGGGAGAGCGUCUUCUACGUCUUCGGGGCAAUCGGGUGCAUUUGGCUGAUCCUGUGGUUCCUAAUUGUACGCGCUGGCCCAGAGUGUGAUCCCUUUAUCAGUGACAACGAACGUGCGUACAUUGAACGAAGUAUUGGGGAUCCGAAUGAGAAGAAGAACAUCAAACAUCCUUGGAAGGCUAUCUUUACAUCAACAGCCGUUUGGGCUAUUGUUGCGUCGAAUUUCGCUGAAAAUUGGGGCUUCUACACGCUCCUCACACAGCUCCCUUCAUUCCUCAAAGACACACUGGGCUUCGAGGUUGGCAAAACGGGCUUUAUUGCUGCUAUUCCGUACCUCGUUAUGGGGAGCCUUCUGGGUAUUUCUGGUUACCUGGCUGACUGGAGUCAGGUCAAAGGGUACCUAACGACGUCACAAGUGCGGAAGUACUUCAACUGUGGCGCUUUCCUCGGUCAGACGGUCUUUAUGAUGUUGGCUGCGUACUUACUGGAUCCAACUGGAACUGUUGCCAGUAUUACAGUGGCUGUGGGUUUGGGUGCCUUUGCCUGGUCAGGAUUCAUAGUCAAUCCAUUGGAUUUAGCUCCAAAUCAUGCUUCGGUGAUUUUGGGCUUCUCAAAUAUGAUCGGAACAAUUCCUGGCAUUGUGAGUCCCUUCCUCACGGGCGUAAUCACGAAGGAUCGAACCAAGGAGCAGUGGCAGAUUGUCUUCUUCAUCACCUCAGGAAUUUACUGCGUUGGCUGUGUUAUCUACUGGUUCUUCUCAUCUGGUGAACUCCAACCCUGGGCCACGUCCAAAGAGAAAUCUCUGACAAAUCUCGAGAGUCCCACCACGAAGAAUCCCAAGGAAGGGAUCAAGAAUGAAGCCAUGGAGAUGGAUGAAUGAAGCAUUUUUCCUCUCCCACCUUUUAGUGAUAUUAAGUUGCAAUAAUUUAUUCUUCAGGUCUUUUUUUUUGUACCGGAAAAUGUACAAUAAAUUCAGUAUUUUCACCA